AUGACUGAAGCAAGAAUGUUCAUCAAAACUGAGCCUGACGAGCACAACAGUGACCAAAACCACUUUAUGAUGUCCCAAUCCGGAUAUUCUAUGCAUAACCAAUUCGGGAACCCGAAUGAUGGGAUCGACCCAUCGGACCUGACCAACGGAGGAUUUAUGGGAGGCUUUGGAUUUGGCUCCCAGCAGAAUAUGUCAUCCAGCUUCAAUUUUGGAAACUCCGGCAUUGAUACAGAUGAGUUGUUGGAUUUAGAGAUCCACGGACAGAAUGGCGUUCAGCAGAAUUACCUCCAGGAUCAUCCUUCGAGUGCUGGCAUCGCUAUGAGUCAUCCGAGCCAUAUGUCGCAGAUCUACUCAAACACUCCCGAGGGAGGUCCCAUGCACAGCCCUUUCAUGCAGAGCAGUUUCAACUAUGAUCAUUUCCGCGGCGUGAACCAAGGACAGCUGAACUCUUCCCAUAUUCAGAGCGCUGGCUCUCAUCUCGAGCAGAGUUAUCUCAACUCGAAGGCUCGUCCGAGCAUGCAGGCAAUGGACCGUGCAUCGAUGGAUGCCCGCAGCCCUAUGACCCCCAAGACUCCCGCUCUUGGUGGACUGGCCCUGGGAACUCCAGAAUCCGGAAGCUUCCCCACUCAGCCCAUCCGAACAGGGCUGCAGCACCGACACCAGAAGACUCUCUCAAAUCAAUGGGAUGGCACUCCCGGAAGUGCCCAGUCAUAUGCCGAGUCUCCCAUUUCCUCCCCAGGCCACCCUUCUCACCACGCAGCCAUAUCUGAAAUUCUCAAGUCAGGAAAGCAUGCUUCCUUGCCGUCCAAGGUUGAUGCUCACUUGCCCGGGGGUGCCCAGGAUUUGGAGUCGCAGGAAGCCAAACGCCGGCGGAGGAGAGCGUCGCACAAUCUGGUUGAACGUCGGCGCCGUGACAACAUCAAUGAGCGCAUCCAGGAUCUUUCUCAUCUAGUUCCGCAGCACCGAUUGGAGGACGAUAAGGUCCGCAAGCAACUCGUCAACAACUCUGGUUUGCCAGGUUCGGGCACCGCCAAUGCGGCUACUUCUCUCCUGGCUGGCGGAACUGGUCGACGUGCCGCCGGUAAUAUUACCAUGGGAUUGCCAAUUGAAGAGAAAGAGAAAGGUCCAAAUAAGGGAGACAUCCUUAACGGUGCUGUCAGCUGGACGAGGGAUCUCAUGUGGGCUCUUCAUGUCAAAAUACAACAAGAGGCCGAACUUGCAGAGCUGAUCAGCAGCCUUGGUGGUACUUGGCCAUUUGAACAAACCGAGGAGGAGAAACGCAUGCGUACUGAAAUUCUUGAUGCUAUCGAGAAGAACGACCCUAGCACCUUCCACUAUAGCCGUGGGCCUGGCUCCGGUCUGCGAGUCCCCAAGCAUACGAACCUAGCCGGAGAGCCUGUGUCAAACGGUGCAAUGAGUCCUCAAAGCCUCAGUCCUCCGUUCAGCGGCAACAACAACGGACAGACGCAGUACUGGAACACGUCUGGACACGCAGGCAUGAGCUUCAAGGAAGAAGACGAGUACGCUAUGGAGAUGAACUAGACUUUCGACCCUGGACGGCUUUCUUAUUGUUACAUGUCAUUAUUGUUGCAUAAUUGGCGUCAACGGAUGUGGUUGACCGGCGUACGUGGAGUUGCAGUGGUAUCAUAUCUACGGACCUUUUGGUUACGUGUUUCUCGGUUCUCAGUGCAUCAUCUAUGUUCGCGUUGCGUUGGAGGUAGAAUCAUUUGGCCAUUUCUAUCGAUGUGUGGACACUAGCUUGUUUACUUCUUGUUUACCUCUCACCUACCCAACUCACUUCGCUUUUUUUCAUCUUUCUCACCAUGUUCGAGUUGCCUACAGUAUAUCUAUCGAGUCUGCGUUCUUUGGAUUUCUGCACCGCACCAGCACUGAUUUUUGCUUAAGGUUUGCUACAUCGAUACCCUUUACUGUUUCUUGUUCUCCCUAAUAUUAGUCUUGUUAUACUUACUCUUUCGGAAUACACGAAGUUAUAUACUCUGUCAAUUAAACUUUCAAUACAUGCAUAAUUCGACCAUGGUCUGCUUUU